AUGGCUCGAGAAUCAUUGACACAGAACAGUAAUUUACAUGGACGAUUAGCAGAGAUUAUUCCGAAAAAGCUCUUUUUCUGUGCAUUCCAAAAUCGACCGAAAUCAGACCGCUAUACGGAUUAUUAUUACGUUGAUGACGAAGUGCAUUAUGAUAGUUUUUACUCUGAUUUUGGCCCGUUAAAUCUGUCUGUACUUUACCGAUUCUGUCAAAAUCUUACGGAAAGAUUAGAAGACGUAGACGAUGAAAAAUCUGUAGUGGUAUGCUGUGGACCUGCUGAUGAAUGUCGAGUAAAUACAGCCUAUUUAGUGGCUUCUUAUGCGAUUCUUUACUUGGGAAUGACGGCCGAAAUAGCAUAUUUGCGGAUACACAAGGCGGAACCGGAUGGCUUUAUCGGAUUUCGAGAUGCAGCGAUGGGUCCAGCAACUUAUCGACUACAUCUCCACAAUGUACUUCGCAGUAUCGAGAAGGCGAUGAAAUUCGGUUGGUUAGCGUUUGAUACUUUUGACCCAGAUGAAUAUGAAUAUUACGAGAAGGUCGAGAAUGGCGAUUUGAACUGGAUCAUUCCGACAAAAGUACUAAGCUUCUGUGGACCGCACAAUAAAUCAGUUGUUGAGAAUGGUUAUCCAUAUCACGCACCGGAAGUGUAUUUUGAUUAUUUUCGCACACAUAACAUUUCGACUAUUAUAAGACUUAACAAACGCAUGUACGAUGCCAAAAGGUUUUUAGACGCAGGUUUCGAGCAUGUUGAUCUCUUCUUUGUUGAUGGUUCGGUACCAUCCGAUGAAAUCGUUGAACGAUUUAUUAAUGUUGUUGAUAGCGCAAAGGGGGGCGUGGCCGUUCACUGCAAGGCAGGAUUAGGUCGGACAGGGACGCUGAUAGCUUGUUGGUUGAUGAAAGAGUACGGCGUGACAGCAGCUGAAUCAAUAGCUUGGUUACGGAUUUGCAGGCCUGGUUCAGUGAUUGGACCACAGCAGGAGUUCCUUAUUGAAAAGCAGCCGUGGUGCUGGGCAAUGGGUUCUAAACCCGCUUCCACUCAUCUUUCGCAACUGACUAAUAAGGUGAAUGAAAUUAGUAUUGAAGAUUCGAGCUCGAAAGGAAUAGUGCUACCAACAUCUCGGCCUCUCGCAUUGAAAUGUUCACCAAAGAAAACUAAUGAACUACAGAACAUGAUAGAUAAGGAAUGUGGUGAGAAAAAUGAUGGGAAACCAAGUCAGGGUGAUCAUUUGUUGGUUCAGAAGGCUAAAUCACAACGUACUAUUAUAUCGCAUGCAAAAUUCACAUCACCUACAACUCCCGUUAAACCACUAUCAACCAGUGGUAAUACAUCGGCAAGACGUUCUUUGCGAAGCUAUGGUGAUGUUAGUAUACCACCACCGCCGAUUUCACGAAUUACGGUAUCUGCAACGACUUCUACAGCAAGUAAUAGACCGUUAACAAAAUGCAAAUCAACGCGAAGACUUGCAACCAUACGCAGUAAGCCUUAUGCAUGCUCAGGAGUUAAAGUUAAUUUGCCUGCAUCAGUUUAUGAACUAAGGCCGCGAAAUAAUAACAAAACAUAUAGUGUGUUUCGUUUCACUGAUCCUGCCAAGGAACUUGCGCCCAAUUCGGUUGCUCUUAUCGGUAUUUCUGCUCGACGGAAUCUAAGUGAAUUCUGA